CUGAGUUAAUAGUGAAGAAACUGGAAUGCUGUGUGGAUAACUCCGAGUUGAAAUUUUAUCAAACUAGGUUUGGUUGGAAAAUGGAGAAAGAAAAACGCCUCACCAUUCACCAACUAACGGAGAAAAUCGCACCUUCAACAUAAGUCACUGAGCAACACAAAUUUGACCGACAGGUAGGAUCGCCGGCUGAAGCCAACCAAUCGCGUGCCCUCUAAAAAUUCCCUUCCCUCCGCCGUCUCUUGGAGAUCCAACAUCGCCGCCAUCCGUUCCCACCUCCUACUUCUGCUGCUGAGCCCUCGAUUUCGGUUGAUGCUCAAAAUUCUCUUAACUGCCAUCAUAAAGUCGUCGACUUGCGUAAUUCCGCCGUCGAUCCGGCAAAUUUAACCGGAACCCAGCUGAGUAAACUCGGGCAGCCGCAUGGAGGCGAGCCCACCAACCUCGGCGGCCGCCGGAGGAGGAGGGCCUGCCCCUUUCCUGAUGAAGACGUACGACAUGGUGGAUGACUCUUCCACCGACGACAUCGUCUCGUGGAGCCCGGCCAACAACAGCUUCGUGGUCUGGGAUCCUCCAGAAUUCGCGCGGCGCCUCCUUCCUACCUACUUCAAGCACAACAAUUUCUCCAGCUUCAUCCGCCAAUUGAACACUUACGGAUUCAGGAAGAUUGAUCCUGAGAAAUGGGAGUUUGCCAAUGAAGAGUUUAUCAAAGAUCAGAAGCAUCUGCUGAAAAAUAUCCACAGACGGAAGCCAAUCCACAGCCACAGUCAUCCUCAAGGUGGUUCUUUGGAUCCCGAAAGAGCAGCAUUUGAUGAAGAGAUCGAGAGGCUCUCCCACGAGAAGGCUCAGCUUCAGGCUAGUCUUGUAGGGUAUGAGAAGCAGAGGUCAACUGAAAAAGCUCAGUUGGAAGAUCUCACGCAGCGAGUGGGUACCCUUUCGCAGAGGCAAGACAGUUUGUUGUCCUUCUUAGAGAAAGCUGUUCAGAAUCCUUCCUUCGUUAGGAUUCUCACCGAGAAGAUUGAAGCGAUGGAUGUAUCUGCUUACAGCAAGAAGAGACGCUUACCUGAAGCUGUUCAAUCAAGGCCAGCUGUUGACAGUGCGUUUGAUUCUAGUUCUAAACCAGAAUAUGGAAAUGCCAUCAAUCACCAAGAUUUCUCCAAUAAGUUGAGGUUAGAGUUAUCUCCUGCUGUCUCAGAUAUUAAUUUCAUCUCUCACAGCACUCAGAGCUCAAAUGAAGAGGGGGCUAGUGCACAAGGAAAAUUUAACGAACUAGAGCCGCCCAAAGAUGGACCAUUGAGGACACCUGGUUUGCUAUUUUCGGCACCAGAAACCUUAGACCUUUCAGAUACCGGGACUUCGUGUAUGUUUGUGGUUGAUUCAGCUUUCCCUAGGAAAGUUCCACCGAGUUUGAGUAGUUAUGAUGAAGCUGAUGGUAAUAUAUCAUGCCACUUGAAUCUCUCUCUGGCAUCCUGUUCUUUACAAGUAGAGAGUAACCAUUCAUCUAAAACGGCUCAAGUAGGUCAUCUGGAAGUCAGAACAUCUCCAGAGUUGAGGUUUAAUAGUGUCAAGGAUAAAGAACCGGACAUGAGGUCUUUACCAAGAGAUCGAAGUAUGAGUAUUGAUGAGAAACCAAACAUCGCAUCUGCUGCUCCAGGUCGUGUGAAUGAUGUGUUCUGGGAACAGUUCUUGACUGAAAGACCAGGUUCUUCUGACAAUGAGGAGGCUAGCUCUCAUUAUAGGGCUAACCCGUAUGAUGAGCAGCAGGAAGACCGAAGGUCAGGACAUGGAUUGUCAACAAACAACAGGAGCAUGGGGCAGCUGUCUCUUUGAACACUUGCUGUAGAGGCUGUUUCAGGUCUGUAGACUUGUCUCCUUGUGUGCAACCAUGAUUAAGUUCUGAAAUCCGUGAUUGGAGAUAGGAACAUUAUGAGUUAACAUGAGGCUCGGUUUCUUUCAUCUGAAUCUUUUCAAGUGCCUCUCAUGCUAUUUAACACUGGGAAAACGGUGGUGUUGCUGUUAUCCUUGGAAUGGUUAACGUGAGACAUCAUAUCCUAAUGGAUCAGGAGUAUUAGUCAGUCAGCCUUUCUGGUUUUCCUUGCUUCAUUAGGAUUUAUCAGUGUUGAAACGUGCUGCUCAGCCUCCUGCAUCCUUGAGAUUUUCAUCAGUACGUCCUCUUCCUCUUUGACUGUGCUCUACAGAGAGAGUUAAUACGAGAAGUCAAUGUCCCAUUGCUGCUGAAUAACAGAUAUCCUCGAAGAAGUCCCUCUCACUUGCACAUUCCCUUAAACUCGACAUGAAUUUAUCUUGUUUAAUAUGCUUGCUACUGGAAAUUGUGGCAUCCCCAGUCUGCAGAGUCUGCAAGUUGAUUAUUGUACUGUACAAGUCUCUGCUGCUGGUCUUGAUCUGUAGUAUUCUGUUGUCCAGUUUGAGUUGCAAGAGAGUGGGUAGAAGAUCUAACCAUUGAUGUUGUAUGUACUAAAGGAAUUGCUCGAUGUAUCCGAGUAAAUUUUCAACGGUCUGUCUUGGAAUAAUGGCAUUAACAUUAUAAAGUUGAUCUUUUGCAUAUUUGUUUCCUUCCUUUUUAGAUUACGAUUGAAAGAGUACUGCUCCAGUGUUGACUUCACUGACUUUCACCAUUUAACAGAUCCUUUGUGGCCCCAAGAGGAAGCCAAUUAUCAGCUCCAAUGUUGGCUUCACUACGGCUUCCAAGUUGGUACAUAUUUUUUAUAGAAAUACCUGUAUUAUUUCAUUGAUGUGUAGAAAUAAUACAGGAGUCGGCUAAAAGCUGUGAAACUAAAAAUAGGCGAAUACUAUGGUGCCGCUAUAAAAAGUGCGGCACUGGUGACGCAAGUUUUUAUUGGUCCGCGGGAUGGGUUGAAUAAAUUAAAGCUCAAACUCGUUGAUCCACUAGAUGUGGCCCGAACCCUGACUUGACCAAACAGAUUCCUCUCUUUCCAUCUUCUCCGUUUAUCACAGUAGUUUUCUUUUUCAAUUAAAUUCUUCCACUUUAAUUUAGCUGUUAGUUAGUUUUUUUUUUUUUUUUUUUUUUUUUUGCGAGAAACAGAAACACGAAGCAAAAGAAAGAUGUUCGUCACCUCCCUCUCCGGCGGACUCUCAAGAAGGACCUUUGGCGACUCCGUCGUCAAUAAGGAAACGAAUUUGCGUCGUCACCGUCCCUCUAUCUCCGUCGAGCAACACCGCCGCCGCAGGACAGGACGACUACAAAUGCACGAAGAAGAGGGACGUCGCACUCCUCUGCGUCGUCUCCCUCCCCCUGCAUCAUCCUUUUUCAAUCGUUGAAUCCAAGUUCAUGGGCGUAGUAAGCCUAUAUGUUUGACUUCAUAUGCAGAAGGUUGAGAGAGCUAUCUUUAAUGUACUUUUGUUUAUGGUGGUAAUCUCAUUCCUGCAUUGAUUUCGCAGGAGUCCAUGUUGUCAUCCAUGAAAUAAUCUUGACUUGGAUGC